UAUCCGACUUUCACUCGUUCGUCUUCCACUCAAACAACAUAGCUUUAUUCUCAUGAAUAUAUCCAACUCCGGUAAAGCACUUUUAUUUCUAGUUUCUUCCCUCCUACUAACUUUACUUGUCCAUGGAACUCGUGAUCUUCCAGAUUCCAAACUCAUCAAAUCCUCCUGUUCCACUACAUUAUACCCAGACAUAUGCUACUCCACCCUCUCCACCACCAAAACCCUCGCAACUAAAAAGGACAUAAUCGAACACACAAUCAAUAAAACAAAGGAGAUCAUCCAUGCCAACUUGCACGCCAUAAACAAGCUCACGACCACCGCCAAUGUCACCAAACGUGGCAAAAUCGCUAUCCAUGACUGCUUACAGAUGGCAGCUGGAACGCUAGAAGCACUCGACAAGGUGAUCGGAGACCUCAGAGAGUAUCCAACUAAGAAAUCUCUUCGGAGACAUGCCGACGACCUCAAAACACUCAUGAGCACCACCAUCACCAACAAGGAAACUUGCUUAGAUGGCUUAUCCCAUGAUGCAGAAUGUAAGCUGUUGCGUAAUUCAAUUGUCGGAGGCCAGGAGCACGGGGGAAAGAUGUGUAGUAAUGCGCUAGCUAUGAUUGUAGACAUGACGAAUACGGAUAUGUUGAAUUCGAAGGAGGCAAAGUUGGAUGUGCAAGUACAAGAGGUGACGAUGUGGCCGGAGUGGUUGUCUGCGGGAGACAGGAAACUGAUGCAGUCGGGAGACGUGACGCCAGACGUGACUGUGGCGGCGGAUGGUAGUGGAGAUUAUACGUCGGUGGCGGCAGCGGUGGCUGCGGCACCAUCUAAAAGUACAAGCAGGUAUGUGAUAAAGAUAGCGGCAGGAGUGUAUAGGGAAAAUGUUGAAGUUCCAAGCAGCAAAACCAAUUUAAUGUUUAUCGGGGACGGAAGAAGUAACACGAUUAUUACGGCAAGCCUGAGUGUCGCCGGGGGAAGCACCACCUUCAACUCUGCCACCGUAGCUGCGGUAGGUGAUGGAUUCUUGGCACGAGAUAUAACAUUUCAAAAUGCAGCCGGGCCAUCGGGAAAUCAAGCAGUAGCACUACGUGUUGGGGCCGAUUUAUCUGCAUUCUAUAGAUGUGGUAUACUAGCCUACCAAGAUACCCUUUACGUCCAUUCCAAUCGUCAAUUCUUCGUUGACUGCAUGGUCGUCGGCACCGUUGAUUUCAUCUUUGGCAACGCCGCCGUCGUCCUCCAAAACUGUAACAUCCAACCCCGCCGCCCCAAUCCCAAACAAAAGAACAUGCUCACCGCUCAAGGUCGAACCGACCCAAACCAAAACACCGGCAUCGUCAUUCAAAAGUGCACCAUCGUUGCCAAUUCAGACCUGCUACCGGUUCAAGCCAGUUUUCCGACGUAUCUUGGAAGGCCAUGGAAGGAGUAUUCAAGAACAGUGGUGAUGCAGUCGUCGAUAAGUGACGUCAUUGACCCUGCUGGAUGGUACCCUUGGGAUGGGGAUUUUGCUCUAGAUACGUUGUAUUAUCGGGAGUAUCAAAACACAGGGCCUGGGGCAGAUACGUCUAAGAGGGUAACAUGGAAAGGGUGGGGUGUGAUUACGGAUGUUGCGGAGGCCGAAAGUUUUACUGCUGGAAGCUUCAUUGCAGGUGGAAGUUGGUUGCCAUCCACUGGUUUCCCUUACUCUCUUGGUUUGUAAAUUGUAAUGCAUGCAUGGCCUUGUAAUGAUACUUAUUAUAAUAAUUAUGGAGUUGGUGCUCCCGUGUGGUGUAGUAUGUAUUAGUUUUCGGAAUAAUUUUAUAAUAUUCUAAGAUAUUGAUUA